GCGGAAUGUUUUGUAUUCACAUUUUUUAUCGUUAUCAGCGGAAACACUCGUCAUUAAAACAACGGCUGGCUGUGUUGCCUAGCUACAGUCGCUAGGUAACAUUACCACUUCACCUCGGAUAAAAACCAGUAUGGGUGGUUUGUGUUGGCUAUGACUAUAACGUUACAUAUUGUUACUGACUGCUGUUACUUAACCUCCAGAGGGGUGUGUGGACGGAUCCACCUUAACCUCCAGAGGGGUGUGUGGACGGAUCCACCUUAACCUCCAACCCCGCCUCGGUUGCGGUUGUUGGAGGGAGGAGCUCGCGGACAGCACGGGACUCCUACUGGCUGUCACGCGGGUGGUUCCUCUGCCUGCGCUCGCUCUUGAAUCUCGACCCUCGUUUCUUCCUCUGAGGAGGUCACUGCUGAGGACCAGUGUGUAGCGGUCCAUGCAUCCUUUCUGACUGCUGUUGGUGGAAGAAAACAGACACUUAUUAGACAAUAGUCUCGUUUGACUUACGCAUGGCAGGAAUGCAUCAGUGCCAAGAGUCAGGGGAAGAGCUGGAGGAGGUGACUGGGAUGGUGUGUCAGGAGACCGACCUUAAAGAUGGACAGAUGAGAGAAGUGACUGUGGGGGAACAGACGGUGUUGCUUGUCUGUACCCAGGGUCAGUACAGUGCUGUUGGAAGCCACUGCUCUCAUUACAAUGCUCCUCUUAUCAAAGGAGCACUGGUUGGUUACAGAGUGAGAUGUCCUUUUCACGGUGCCUGCUUUAAUGUCAGAACUGGAGAUAUUGAAGACUAUCCAGGUCUGGACAGUCUGCCUACUUAUAAGGUAAAAGUUGAGGAUGGAAAGGUGUACGUUACCAUCAACAAAAAUUCUCUGAAGUUGACGAAACGGGUGAAGGAGAUGUGCAGGAUGGUACCAGACAUCAAACACACUAUCCUGCUGAUAGGAGGAGGCCCUGCCUCCCAGGUGUGUGCUGAAACGCUGCGGCAGAACUGCUACCAAGGGCGGAUCAUCAUGGUAACCAAAGACACCCUGCCUCCAUUUGACAAGCCCAAACUGAGCAAGGCUAUGAACCUGGACAGCAGCAGCAUCCUCCUUCGGCCAAGUGAUUUUUAUCAACAGUACGGGAUUGAGGUGUGGACACAGAAGGAGGUGGUGUCUGUAAACCCAGCCGAUAAGUCGGUGAAGCUGAGCAAUGGCACUCUGCAGCAGUACGACCAGCUCCUCAUCUCAACUGGCUGCAGAGCACGGCCGCUAAACUGUCCUGGUUGGGACCUGAAGGGAGUGAAGUUACUGCAGAGUUAUGAAGACGCCAAAGAGAUUCACAGCUCCUGUGUGGGCCAGAAAGCUGUUGUAAUCGGAGCCUCUUUCAUAGGUAUGGAGGUGGCAUCGUACUUAUCAGACAAAGCUGCCAGUGUGGCCGUGGUUGGCACCAGCACAUACCCAUAUGAGCGAUCUCUGGGGCCAGAGAUCGGCAAAAUGAGCAUGCAAAUGUUGGAGGAACAAAAUGUAAAGUUCUACAUGAAUGAUAGAGCCACUGAGAUCAAAGGGGAGAACGGCAAGGUGAAGGGGGUGGUGCUGAAGAGUGGUACUGUCCUGGAAGCUGAUGUUGUGAUUGCUGGAAUUGGCGUAAUCCCCAAUUCAGACUUCUUGGCUGGAAGUGAGUUGGAAGUGGAUCCAAUGAAAGCUGUGAUUGUUGACAAGUUCAUGAGGACCAAUAUACCAGAUAUUUUUAGUGCAGGAGAUGUUACCGCUUUCCCUCUGACCAUUCGUGGAGACCAAAGGGUCAACAUUGGCCACUGGCAAAUGUCACAAGCUCAAGGAAGAGUAGCUGCCCUAAACAUGCUGAAGAAACCAACCAAAAUUGAGUCUGUUCCUUUCUUCUGGACUGUGUUGCUUGGGAAGAGCAUCAGAUAUACAGGCUACGGGGAAGGAUACACAGAAAUCAUAUUCAAAGGCAAAGUGGAAGAAAGGAAAUUCCUGGCAUUUUAUAUAAAAGAUGAGGUGGUGGUAGCUGCGGCCAGCCUGAUGUUCGACCCUGCUGUGGCGCAUGUUGCUGAGCUGAUGACUACUGGCCAGAUUUUAACAAAGGCACAGGCUCAAGCUGAUGACCUGAGCUGGCUGCAGAUGUAACCAGAGGCCUGCUGUAUCCAGGAGUAACCCACACUGACAAAGGAUGAUGCCUUUCUCUUUAUUGUUCCUCUCUCCAUCCAACUGUUCUCAUAUCUCCUUAUAUUUACUGCCUCUGAAAGCCAAUCAGACCUCUGCUCCUACUCACGGUACUGUUACCAGAGCAGCAAGCAAAGCUUUAUUGAAUUAGCACUUUAUGUUCUCAGUGAAUAAUCUGAUAUGUGUGUAGUUGACUUGCAGCAGUUUCACAUCCAAACAUUUUUGUCUUUUUGACAUUUUAAGAUUUCAUAAACAUUCAGUAUAAUAGUUUAAUAUUAAUAUAAUAAUAGUUUAAUCAUUUUGUAGUGUAGUUAUGUUACUAUAAUAAUAGUAACAUAAUAGUAUUUUUAUACUAUUUUAAUCACUGGAAACAUUUUGACAAUAUGCACACCAUCACACUUAGUUACAAUAUAUUUAUGAGCAACUUUUUUUAAAUACAAAGGUCAAUUAAAAUACUGGGGAUGGACUUGCUGAUAAUUAACAGUUUGUGUAUUUUUCAUUCACUUUUAUUGUUUCAUUCUUACCUUUAACUCACUUAAAAUGUAGUCUGAAUGCUUUGUGGCACAUAACUAAUUCUCAGGUAUUAAACAAAUAUGUUUAAACACCA